CUGGAUUAUCCCUCUCGGCACUAUCCCAUUCACGCCCCGAGCCCGUGCAGCGCGUGGUAACCGCGGAGAUCAGCGCGCGAGCGGUGGGAUCAGUUUCACUCCUCGCGCGGGGUGCGCGCCCAGCCGCGGCGCUAGAGGCGGGCGCAGUUUCCCUUCUCAGCGGGAGGCGGCCGCCGCGGCGGGGGUGGUGGGGGGGAGGGACUUGGGUUACCGCUCAAAUCUUGCCCCCGGGGCGCCACCUAGCGGCUCGCGAGCCUCCGCCCCAAAUACCACGUGCGCGGCAGACGCCUGAGCGGGGCUCCCAGGUAGCGGCGGCAGACAGACUUAGACAAAGAACCACAAUGGCAGAGAGACCUAUGUGGGAGCAAGUUGGAACAAGUUUUGUGCAUCUCUAUUACCAGCGUUUUGAUACCAGUAGAGUAGAGCUAAGUGCUCUCUAUACAGAUGCUUCUUGCUUGUCCUGGGAAGGACAGCAAUUCCAAGGAAAAACAGCUAUCAUGGAAAAGCUGAUGAGCCUUCCAUUCCAAAAAAUCCAACACAGCAUAACAUCUCAAGAUCACCAACCAGCGCCUGAUAACUGUAUACUUAGUAUGGUGGUUGGUCAGCUGAAGGCGGAUAAUGACCCAGUGAUGGGGUUCCACCAGCUGUUUAUUCUCAAGAAUAUUAGUGACAAUUGGGUUUGCACCAAUGACAUAUUUAGACUGGCCCUGUACAACUUUGCUUGAAUUUUUCUGUUCUCAAAUGUCUGUUUCUACUACCACUUUCAAAUCUGACACAAAAAUAAAUAAAUUGUUGUUUAAAUUGU